CGCCGCCGCCAUGAGCAAGAUUUCCAAGUUCUUCAAGGGGGGCGGCUCGGCCGCCUCCAAGGGCCGCGGGGGGCCCUCGCCGCAGGAGGCGCUGGCCCGGCUGCGGGAGACGGAGGAGAUGCUCAGCAAGAAGCAGGAGUACCUGGAGACAAGGAUCGAGCGGGAGCUGGCGGCAGCCCGACAGCACGGCACCAAGAACAAGCGAGCUGCCUUACAAGCACUGAAGAGAAAAAAGAGAUAUGAGAAACAGUUGAGUCAAAUUGAUGGGACACUCUCGACCAUUGAGUUCCAGAGAGAGGCACUGGAAAAUUCCCACACCAACACAGAAGUGCUCAAGAAUAUGGGUUAUGCUGCACAAGCUAUGAAAAAAGUGCAUGAAAAUAUGGACUUGAACAAAAUUGAUGAUUUGAUGCAAGAUAUCACUGAACAGCAAGAUGUUGCCCAGGAAAUUUCAGAUGCUAUCUCAAACCGAGCUGCCUUUGGUGAUGAGUUUGAUGAGGAUGAGUUGAUGGCAGAAUUAGAAGAACUGGAGCAAGAAGAAUUGAACAAGGGAAUGAGAGAUGUCAGACUGCCAAGUGUUCCAUCCACGUCACUACCUUCUCGCCCUGCAUCGACCAGGAAGAGAGCAGAGGAUGAAGAUGAAAUGAAGCAGCUGGCUGCCUGGGCUUCAUAAGAGCAUGGUCUUUUUGUAACACUAAACAGUACAGUGCAGAUGUAAAAAGCUGUAAUGCUGUUCUAUAACCGUACCGAAUUAGUGUGGUUGCAUUUCAUACAGGCUGGGAUUUUUAUGGCCAAUCUUGCUAAGAAUAGUGUUGCUGCCAUAUUACAAAACUAGUUUAAAAACAAACAAACAAACAAAAUACAAUAGUUGCCAAAACCUCCAAGCAUCAAAGUUUUUUCAGCCUUGGCCAGAGGUUUGUUUUGUUAUUACUAUCAGUUUUUAUUAGGUAAUGUUUUACUAUAUCUGGCUGGUUUGUAAAAUCUGUGUGCCUCACUUAUGCACACAGCUGGAUUAAUUGUUGAAAUGAAAAAGUUAAAUAAGUCAUCAGGGCCCUAUCCUAGAGGGUUAUUUGGUUCAGACUAUUUGAAUAUUAGCAAAACAGCUUUAUACAUGUCCUGGCUUGCAAGUUCCUUUGAGCUCAAGAGCUAAUAGCCAUUCAUUUGGGCAUGGAGAUUUAAACAGUCUGCCUGGAGCAACUUAUGGUGUCCUAGAUAUUAAGAGGAGACUCUUCUGUGGGUUUUUUGAAGUGGGAUAGGUUUUUUGUUUUGUUUUAAGUUUGGCCGGAAUAUCCCAUGCACUUCUAUAGGUCAACUUGAAUCGUAUUUUGAACUAUUUCCAUCUCAGUUAAAGAACAGUUUUACAAUGACUGGGGAAAAUGAAAUAUCCACGUUCUUAUAGAUCCCUGCCAAACAAAACUGCUUUCUGCUAACCCUGUCAAAAAUGCAGAAGAGAUUUGACCUUCCUGUGUUGUUCUCCUCCACUGUGUCUUUCUAGGGUGAGUGUUUACUUUGUAUGAUAAUACCCAUCCUCAAAGGAAUUAGUAGCACAUUUUUUUAAUUAUACAAUUUGAAAAUAAUUUUAAUUUCUGAGCAUUCAGUUCUGCUCUCUUAUUCAGUUUCCGAACGGAAAUAGUACGAGCAUGUUGUAUUUGAAAGGCCUUUUUAACCCUGGUUAAAAGCUGAUUCUGGAUUACUUGUAAAGUUGACUGUUAUUGUCCAACUGACAGCUUUUUAGCUUAAGGAACAAAUGCCACUCUGAGUGCUAAACUACUACAUAUAUAGAGAAAUCACUGUUCAAAUACAAAACAAAAAUUAAAAAGGCUGCUUUGUAUUAACAAAUUUUAUUAAAUAAGACUUAAGCUCUAUGCUAGUAGCCUGCUGUCAGUCACAAGGAAAUAGUAAAACACUGUGGAGUUCCUAGGGAUGUGGGAAGCAGAGUCACAUAGAUCUAGGUUUCUUGUUUUCAAAUUAAUUUAAAUUUACUGAUGAUUGAACCACUUGGGGAAUAGUGGGAGACCUGGUUUCUGACCCCUGACUGAGCCCUUCUCCUGUGGCCUUUAGGCUGUGAUUUGCUGGGUGUUUAGCUUCGAUAGGCUACAAUAGGCUUCAGCUGAUUGGAUUUUAGGUUAAGCAUAAGCUAAUGUGUGUUUCUGGACAUGGCGUGCUGGUGUGCUCAGAACCUUUCAAGUUGAGUUCCGUGGAUGAAACCCAAAAUUUACAAACCCUGUGGAGAGAUUCAGUUUUUCAGGACUUUUUCAUUCUCUGUAGUGGAAUUGCUUUUGGUUUGCAUCCAUAUGAAAGGAGAAUUAAGCCUUGCCACUUCACUUCGGAUCAAUUUCCUACUGGAAAAAAUUAAGUGUGUUAAUUCUGUCCCAAAGUUUGGAGGUACCAGAAAAAUUGUCCCUUUCUGUUGAGAGUAGAGAAAACCUGGAACUAUUCAAUUUUUGUUUUAAAAACAAAAAAAUCUAAAGAACUGCCUUAAAUUAAAGAACUGCUUUAAAUUUAAAAAUACAUUUUGAACUCUCAGUAGGAAACCAAACACUAAUAAAAUGUUACUCAGUUUCAAUGCUUGCUGAAAUUCAGGAUGAGAUGCCAGCUGAAAGCAGGCAUAUUUAAUAAAAUAACAAAUAUUCUGAGUUAUUUAGAAUCCAUUUGCUAAUCCUUUUGGCUGGAAUCCUGUUUUCAAGGUAUGCAGUCUGUGCAAGUCUCUGAAUUGGGUACAGAAAGUAUUAGCGUAUACUGAUUGCAUAGCCAUGCAAGGCUGGCCGUGUGCUUGUGGACACAUCUGGUAUUUCUAAAGGUGAGGCCAUGCCAACAUAGUCCCGUGCUUAGCUUGGAAAAGCUGGCUUCUAGCAUCUGUUCUUGGUUGAAUUAGUAGUUUUCCAAUACUUGGCACUUACAUAGCACUUAGCAUAUUUAAAGUGCUCUACAACCUAACUGAAAUAGGUCUCUAAGCUUCCAGUUUGAAACUAAAGUGAUUUUCAGUCUGCUUUGGAAAACGUGGACCUGCUGGUUUUGUGCAAGAACUUCCCAUGUGAACACCCUGCGGGGGAGAAGAAAUCCUAGGAAAAGUCUUCUCCUUUGCAAGCUAGUAUCUGACUGCUGACCUCCAGCAAUGUUUUGGCCAAGUGUUGAUCCUGGUGUCUUCAGCUUAUUGAUUUCAGACCAGCCACUUUAGGAACAAAAUUUGUGAAGGGUGAGGAAAAGAAACUGGUCAUUUGGAUGAGCUUCUCUGAAAGCUUGUGUGUAGUGGCUGGUGAUUCUGGAGGACAGAAUCAUAUACCAGUUCACAGGCUAGGACAUGUGUGGUUGGUGAAGCUAUACUCAGAGAUACUAUGGUCAUGUACACAAACCAAAAUACAGUAUGGACCUCCAGAACUGGAGUGCUUGUUGCCAUAUUUGUUUGGGAGACGGCAGAUGACUGGUUUUCUUCAAAAGCAAAGGGGUUCUAGGGAUUUAAUUCAGCUGAGGAGGUGGCUCUUUCCUGUGUAAAUUCAGAUGACACUGGGACAAAUGGCUCUUCCUUUUUGAACAUAUGUCUCUCUUCAUGCUAAGAUGGUAUUUGUUUAGUAUGUAAGCAGAUGAGAGUGAAUAGUGUCAACGUGUUAUUGUAAAUGUACUCUCUAUUAGCUGGAACAUAUUUUACAAGAGGACUGUGGAAGCAGAUGGUGUACUAUAGCUGACUUCCUUUCUUAUUUUUUAUUUAUUUUGAGAAUGUUUUAUUCUCGUAACAGACUUGGACAUUUUUAAUCUGGAUAGCUUUAAAAGGAGGAAAAUACAUUAAUAAAAAGUGAAAAGAAUUAAUAUAUAUAUGCUGUAAAUAAAUAUUUUGGUGUCA